AUGAGACAGUUUAGCAUCUUGCUUCUGUGCCUCCUUUGCAUCUCCAGGAAGGGUGUUCAGUCCAAUAGUUGGUCCAUCCACGUCCCAUCUGAUGUUACUGGUGAACUUGGGAAGAUGGUCAUCUUGCCCUGUACUUUCACACACCCCUAUAAAACCUUUGACCGGACCCUCACUGCCAUUUGGAGGAUCAAGGAACCUUACAAUGGCACGGUAGUUUUCAAGUGCAUCAGUCAGAGCUCCAGCGAGCUCUGCAAGACUGCCAUCAGCUACAGAAACAAAUACAGACUGCUGGGAAACCCCCGGCACAAGGAUCUUUCCAUCAGGAUUGACAACCUGACCUGGAGUGACAGUGAGAGAUAUUUCUGCCGGGUGGAGCUGUCUGGAGAUGUCCACGACAAGUACGAAAGCAGGAAUGGGAUAAAGCUGCAUUUGAUUGCUGCCCCCAGGAUCAUCAACAUCACUGUCAGCUCUCAUGGGGACCACACCUUCCAGGCACGUUGCACUGCUGAGGGGGAACCAGCACCCACUCUGACCUGGACUGGACCACCCUCCAGCAACCUCACCUCCACCACCAGCAUGAACCACCGUGUCACCAAGGAGCUCCAGUACCUGACCCAUGAUGGGAAAUACACUUGUACUGCUGUCAACAGCCAUGGGAGAGCAGAGGGGGCUGUCUACUUCUACAAAUUCAAAGCAUCCAACAGCUCCUUCUUCCUGGUCCUGAUCUUUGUGCCACUGGGAAUUAAAGUGCUCAUUUUGCUGGUGAUCCUGGGCUUGACUGCUUUCCCCAGAGGAGGUCCUUCCUCAGUCCCAUCCAGCCUGGCAUGGCCACAGCUGCAAGACUCCACCUACGAGAACUUCGACCGCAGAUACGGCGGCAGCCAAACUCUGGCCGCAGACAGAGCCACGUCCAGGCACAGCUGA